AUGACGCCCCGCCAAAAACCAGGGAGUCGUAGAGCAGCGGAGGUUUGGUUGGCGAGAGUCCCAACCGUAGAACAGAAAGCCAAUAGAGCUGGAGCCCACGAGGGGAGGGCUGCGCAUGAAAGGCAGGCGGAAAGAGGGGGACGAGCGGUGCAAGGAGGAGGAUUAGGCUUUGCGCGGGAUCCGGCGCGCUGGGAGGAGUUGGUGCGCGCGCUGGAUGCAGCGGAUUCACGCGCGGGGGACGCCGAGGCGAGCGUAGCGAGUGGGAGCGGAGGCGAGGGGAAGGACGGACAGGGAAGCGCAAGCGGGUGGGAAGGAGAGAGUACCGGGGAUAGGGAAGUGCUGGCAGCACCAUCGCACAUAGACGCCGCGCUGACGCAUGGCGGCCAGGAGGUGUCGCAGGGAGGCGAGGGGUCGGAUGGAGGCAAGGAGGGGUCGCAGGAAGGGGAAGCGGUGCGGAUAAACAGGCCUAGCGAGUGUUCCGUGAGAAUAUACGAGGUGCGUGGUGUGAGAAUGUAUACGAGAAUAUAUGAGGUGCGUGGUGUGAGAAUAUACGAGGUGCGUGGGGUGAGAAUAUACGAGGUGCGUGGGGUGAGAAUAUACGAGGUGCGUGGUGUGAGAAUAUACGAGGUGCGUGGUGUGAGAAUAUACGAGGUGCGUGGUGUGAGAAUAUACGAGGUGCGUGGUGUGAGAAUAUACGAGGUGCGUGGGGUGAGAAUAUACGAGGUGCGUGGGGUGAGAAUGUAUAUGAGAAUAUAUGAGGUGCGUGGGGUGAGAAUAUAUGAGGUGCGUGGUGUGAGAAUAUGUGAGGUGCGUGGUGUGAGUAUAUGUGAGGUGCGUGGUGUGAGUAUAUGUGAGGUGCGUGGUGUGAGUAUAUGUGAGGUGCGUGGUGUGAGAAUAUAUGAGGUGCGUGGGGUGAGAAUAUAUGAGGUGCGUGGUGUGAGUAUAUGUGAGGUGCGUGGGGUGAGAAUAUGUGAGGUGCGUGGGGUGAGAAUAUGUGAGGUGCGUGGUGUGAGAAUAUGUGAGGUGCGUGGUGUGAGAAUAUACGAGGUGCGUGGGGUGAGAAUAUACGAGGUGCGUGGUGUGAGAAUGUAUAUGAGAAUAUGUGAGGUGCGUGGUGUGAGUAUAUGUGAGGUGCGUGGUGUGAGUAUAUGUGAGGUGCGUGGUGUGAGAAUAUAUGAGGUGCGUGGGGUGAGAAUAUAUGAGGUGCGUGGUGUGAGUAUAUGUGAGGUGCGUGGGGUGAGAAUGUAUAUGAGAAUAUAUGAGGUGCGUGGUGUGAGAAUAUGUGAGGUGCGUGGUGUGAGUCUAUGUGAGGUGCGUGGUGUGAGUAUAUGUGAGGUGCGUGGUGUGAGUAUAUGUGAGGUGCGUGGUGUGAGAAUAUAUGAGGUGCGUGGGGUGAGAAUAUAUGAGGUGCGUGGUGUGAGUAUAUGUGAGGUGCGUGGGGUGAGAAUGUAUAUGAGAAUAUAUGAGGUGCGUGGUGUGAGAAUAUGUGAGGUGCGUGGUGUGAGUAUAUGUGAGGUGCGUGGUGUGAGUAUAUGUGAGGUGCGUGGUGUGAGUAUAUGUGAGGUGCGUGGUGUGAGAAUAUAUGAGGUGCACCUCUCCGCUGCGCUGCCCCCCGCGCCCCACCUGCACGACUGUGCUGCGCGCUCUGCCUUCCGCCGCGCCCUGGAGCAGCGCGGGCGCAGAGGGCAGGCGCCACGAUGGGCGGACGCGGCAGCGCAGCAGUGUGAGGGCAUCCCGCAACCCCCGUGGGUGCGCGGGUCGGACGCGGGCAAUCUGGGCGGCACGCGGGCGGCGCAGAGGGACCUGUGGGAGCACCAGUUCCCGCCACACCAAUGCCGCGGCCGCCGCCUGCUGCUCGUGCACUGGCCCGCGCUGCCCCCCGCGCUCAACCGCUCCUGGACGAGGGGGGACGCUCAGGGGGUGGAAGGGGAGGGGGACGGGGAGGGGUUGGGGGAGUGGUUGGCGGGGGCGGUAGAGGCGAUGGGGGAGGCGCUGGCAGUGGCGUUGAGCAGUGGGCGCGUGCUGGUGGCCGUGGGGGGGUCAUUCGGCCCCGCCCUGCACCCCGCCUGCUGA